UGAAGAACUUGAAACGUAUACUUAAAUGUAUACUUAAACGUAUACUUAAUCUAUGAAAACACGCUGUGGAUUUGUUCUAUUCGUAUUUUCUUUUUCGGGGCGUAGUGUAGUAAUAUCUAAGAGAACUAUUUUUACUACUUGCCGAGAAGCUAAACAAACCUAGGUGUUUCGCUGCACAUCCCUAGAGCACAGUAAGAAAUGGCCGGACCACUAUCAUUUCGUGACUUGAACGUGCAAUUAAGAAUAGGAGAAUAUUCUUUAAACCAAAACUACCAAGAACCUGUUGAGUUUGGUAUUUACGAUGAUGUAGAGAUUGAUCUAUCAACCCGUCAACUGAAUCUCGCACCUACGAGUCAUGGGACUCCGAUUCCUGUCACAAUGGCGAGACCAGAUACUGAAAGUUUGCAAGGAAAUUCUUAUUUCAAUGUACCCAUUGGUGUCAACGGGGUCUCACACGUCCGUGUCAAAAUGGAGUGGAGUUUGAGAAUAAUGGAAGUAAUCACACAGAAUCAUAGGUAGGUUUGUUAAGAGUAACACACUUUUAUUUGAAAUAUUUCAUGAAAGCUUUGAAAUAGAUUGUCUUCAUUCAUUAUUGGAGUGUACGAUAUUACAAAGUCAUGACCAUUUUGUGUUAAAUUAUAAUGACUUUUCGUUUUACUGGUGUUAGUAACGCAACUUCAGAUAGUGUUAUUUUUGUCAAACCCAUUAUUAUUAUUCAUUAUUGAAUAGAUUUAAUGAGUGUGACUCUACAAGUCAGAAGACACAAUCUGUUAGUUACAUAUUACAUAUUUUAUUACGCCCAAACACAUUUUUUUAAUAUAGUGCUUGUAUGCUUCCAAAUGACCAAUACAUCUAGGAUGUACUUACACCAAUACAUCUAUGAUGUACUUACACAAAUACAUCUAUGAUGUAAUUACACCGAUACAUCUAUGAUGUAUUUCCACCAAUAAUCUAUGAUGUACUUACACCAAUACAUCGAUGAUGUACUUACACCAAUACAUCUAUGAUGUACUUACACCAAUACAUAUAUGAUGUACUUACACCAAUAUGUCUAGGAUGUCUUUCCACCAAUACAUCUAUGAUGUACUAACACAAAUGCAUCUAUGAUGUACUUACACCAAUAAUCUAUGAUGUUUUUACACCAAUACAUCUUUGAUGUACUUACACCAAUACAUCUAUAAUGUACUUACACCAAUACAUCUAUGAUAUACUUACACCAAUACAUCUAUGAUGUACUUACACCAAUACACCUAGGAUUCACUUACAAUGACAUUUACUUAUAAUACCAUUUUCACUGGCAGCACUUCACCCUAUAUUUUGUGGUAACAAUGGCUACCAAAGUACGAAACCAAAAAAAAUAUAAAUGCUGGAAUUAUUUCCUAUAUAGCUGUUCAACUAAUUUGCUGGCAUCCGUUCGUCACUGAGGGUUUGAUUUCAGAGUUGCCAUCUCUUAGAUGAGUUGCCAUCCAAGGUUAACGAGUCCCAUCUACCCGGGGUGCUGGUGGUGUUUUUUGCUUGACUGGGCUCUUGCUGGAAUUAAGCUCCAGCCAGAGCCCAGUAACUUGAGAUUUGCUCAGUUUAGACCACUCGGCCACCCAGCACUAAUUUACAGUUUGAAUUGACCAGCUUGUGUUUACUAGCUGGUCCACAAGCUGUUUGCUUUCACUGAAGUACACACAGAGCUAGAUCGAUGAUUUAACACUGUGCAUGUAGGGCAAGUCAUACUACACACGCAACUCUCCUCAUGUAGGUUAAAGGUCACACACCGUGCAGAUAACAGAACCUUUCGAGACUUCGUUCCUUACAAUCCCAUUCCCUCUCUUUCUCUAUGUCUCCCCCCCCCCCACACUUUCUGGUCCUCUUCUUAUCCCAUGUUCUUUCAGUUUAUCGUUUUCUCAACCCUUCUUGCUCCCAAACCUUUUUAACUCUAUUUUUCCUCCUCUCUGCCGCGUCUCUAUCUCUCCAUUCUCUGUCUCUCAGAACACACACAGACAGAUAUAGAUGCACAGACUGAGCUACGUACAUAGGUACAUAACUACACACCUAAAUACGUACACACACACCCACACGCAACCACCCACACAUACAAACAAACAUACACCCACCCACAUACAGUCAUACACAAAUGCAUACCUAUGAAUAAUGUUAUACCCAAUGUGUACUAUUUCCUGACAUUUUAAUACUUAUUUAUUAUUAUUAUUGUUACAGUUAUUUUGUUUUUGUCAAAUGACAUGAAGUUUUACUUACAAAUAUUUUUUAAAAAAACAUUGUAAAAGACGUCCAAGAAGCCUUGACACGAUUACAAUCCUAACAUUGGCCAUGAUAACAGUUGCUAAUCUGGACAUUUUUAGAAAUAUGUAUAAUAUCGCUUCAUUCCCUUUUUAUUUAAAAUCAAGAAGUUGCUUUUGAAAUCCUUUAUAUAUUAUUUUCGCUUUCGUUCGUGGCCUGCUGUCUGGUUGGCUGUCUGGAUGGAUGGCCGACAAAAUCUUCUGAUGGCUGAUUGACCCACAAUCCGUCAACAUAUUAAGCUGAAACUUGGCACAUAGAGCCAUUGCCGAUGACAAUGCAUUGUAUCCAGGGCCGGCGCCAGAGUAUUUGGCACCCUAGGUGAACCUGUCGCACUGCGCCCCCCCCCACGCCCAUGGCAACUAAUUAUUUAAUUAAUAGUGCCGGCCCCGAAAAAAUUGCUGCCCUAGGCGGCCGCCUAGUCCGCCUUAAAUGGUUCAACCGGGGCCUGAUUGUAUCUCAUUUUCAGCCCCAACCCCCAACAAUUAUUUGCUCCUGUUUUUCAAGGGGAAGAUGACGGAAAUAUGACGCCACUGAUGACCAGAAAUACAAUUCCCGAUAUCCGCGCUAAAUGAGAAUCUUUUCAACAAAAUUAUUUUUGCGUUUUGUGUGAAACAUGUCAAUGUUCUUUUUUUUUUUUUUCUGAAAUCGUUAGUGAAAUAAAUCUGCAUUGUAAAAGUGGGUGGGUCAUUAGAAUAGUGAUAUAGUUCAGGGGUGUGAAAAAAAAUGUGCGGUUGCGAACCUUGAGUGGGGUGGGGUGGGGUGGGGUGGGGUGGGGUGGNUUUUUAAAAUUUUUCUCCCCCCCCCCCCCCCGCUCGAUAUUACAUUUUAUAAAGGAUUGAUACGAGAAGCUCUGUUUGUGGGUGUAUCUCAUAGAAUCUUUUUUUCUUUUUUAUUCUGUAGUGGUUCGGCACCCAGACUUUCGUAGUCAAAAAGACGUUUGCAAUGAUGGAUCUCAGAAGUGAAACAUUCUUCGAAGAACACAGGAGAAUGCACUCAAGUAAUUCAUAUCUCCAAAGUUAACAAAUCAGGAAAGUAAGAAGACUCUAAGCCACAUGUCACUAAGCGAACUACUUCAAAUUAAGAUGUCAUUUAGCGAACUAAUUCUAAUUAUGAUGUCAUUUUGGGACCUACUUCUAAUUAUAAUGUCAUUCAGCAAACAACUUUAAAUUAUGAUGUGAUUCAGCGAACUACUCUGUCUAUGAUGUCAUUCAGAGAACUGC